UAAGGUGUAAAUAAUACACUCAAGUUACUUACUUGGCAAUAAAAACAAAUAAUUAGAUCACUUACAAUAAUCAUGUUUAUGGAUAGAUUAAUUAAUAAAUUGUGACGUUUGCGUGCGUGUGUAUUUUUAUAAAAAUAUGGACAGUUUUUGGUUUUUUGUGGUUGUUUUGUGAUUUUUUAGUUAAAUUAAAUGAGCGAAAUGGUCGUUUCAGAAUUGACUGGUGAAUAUGUGGAGUUCCUCGAGCAGUUCCGGCCUGUCAUUCAGGAAAAUAUUGUUUCGGCCUUCAACAACGAAAUGGCACGCAACCAUCGGCGAAAGGACUUCAUCAAGACAGUCCAUAACUUAGACGCCAUAUUGUUAUCUUUGGAUAACACGAAAAUAGAAAUAAGCAAUAUGAAACUUCCCUGGCUGCCUGACUUUAAGGUGAUCAAUUUGUCGGUAAACUUAUGCAAACUCUGUCUGGAUAUCGACUUCAAAUUAGGUGACCUGACAGUUCACGGUAACUUUGAAACGAAUAAUAUGGCCCUGCAAAAGGUGCUGCCUGUAUCUAGUAACGGAGAUAUUAGUAUUACUUUCCACGAUAUAUCGGUAACAGGCAGAGUAGGAAUGCUGAUUCAGGGAGAUUCUUUUUUGCCAGAAAAUUACGACGUGGAGUAUGCCUGGGGAGAAACAGAACUUGCCGUAAGCUACUUCGUGGAUAAAGAGACCAAAGUCCAAAACAAGAUUACCAGUCCCACAGGAGAACAAAUUAUCGCUGAAGCAAUAUGGUACCAGCUUAAAGAAAUUUUGACGAAAGUCUUAAAGGACCAACUGAAGGCUGUUGUAGUGGAAUAUUCAGUUCAAGAGUCGCUGGCUGACGAAGACGAAAAACUAAGGGCCUCCGCAAAAUCAAACUCAACCAAAGCAAACAGUCUAUUUGAUUCCUUACUUUGUGCAGCUAAAGACUAUUUAGUUGCCAAAGACAUCAGACAAAUAGAAACUCCCCCAUUUGAAGUUUUAUAUAGAGGAAAAUUAUCCAGCACUGAAACGGGAAUAUUUAACUCUGGUCCCGGGUAUAUUCGAGAUCUUUCCACCCUAAGCCGAUUGUCCGAUUUAAGCUUGUUUGAAGACGAGCGGCAACUAUUCGUUUAUGGAACUCUUGGUCUGAGAGAAUUUAAGCAUGGCUACGAACAAUUUGAAACGAAAUUCGAAGACAAUGAGCUAUCAGGAAGUGUGAAGGCGCAAGUAUACGUGACUGAAAUAUUUGUUAAAUUGUCAUUCGAUAAAAACCAGGGAAGUUGUCAAAAAACGAAAGUGGAGAAAAUUGAGGCUCGAUUAUUAAGUGACAUUGAAAUCGAUACGUCAGGCCUCGGUUCCCUCAGUUGGCUCAUACCAAAAGCGCAGUCAUGGGUAAUGGGCCACCUCCGCUCCACCUCAAUGGGAGUUCUGCUCAAGAGUAUUGAAGAGGCCUUUAAUUAUGCCAUUGAAGAAGAACUGAAGAAAACCCAAAAAAAUGAUCCUGAGGGGGAAACUAAUAGAAUGUUUUGGAGAAGUAUUUUUUCUAAAUAAUUUAUUCUCCUGUUUUUAUGUGAUAAUGUUGAUUUUGUUAUAAACAUUUAAAAGCAAA